AUGAAGCCACUGAAGAAGCCGCUCCGCCGUCUUCGCGCGGCGCUGCACUCGCGUGAGAGCAAAGACAAAGACAAGGCCGUCGUAACCAACGCAGGGAAACGCUUCACAAGGCCGGAGAAGCACGCUGCAGCAGUCCAAAAGCUGCUGCGACAGGAAAUUUGUUCAUUGAAUGAUUUAAUUGAAGUCCGCGACGAUUACGCCUUCGUCGCGUUUGACGCGGAGUUUCUGCAGGAGACCGACACAGCCACCGAGAUAGGAGUCGCUCUUCUUCCUCGUCUCAAGCCACUGUCAAUAUCGAAACAGCCCGGCCAAGACCGUUUGACACUUGAUCAGUUUGCUGACUGUUUUGAUGUGCAGUCGCAUUCGAUGAAGAUCAAGUCGCGAUACUUCCAAAGAGUGCAACAGGUUGCAGAGCUACCAAGGGGCUCAGCCAGGGAGCCGUUCUGGUUCGGUAUCGAAAAAUACGUGGCCCUCGGUAUACUGAAGAAACAAAUAUACCAGACCAUCGACCAAUAUCAGGAUUCCGUUCCCGACAAGAAACUUGUUCUCAUUGGAUAUGAUAUGACAAGAGACAUGGAGGUCAUCAUGGCGGAAUUCCCGGGCCUCGCGCGCUACUUUUCCAAGUGGCUAGAUGUACGCACACUGUUCAAGUCAACGGCAGAGAAUUUGAUCCCUCACACGACACCUGGUGUCAAACUUACCCUUCACCUAUUUGAUUACGAUCAAACGGCAUCUCAAAGACUCGGACUCCUGAAGCGCGACAAUUCUCGGAGCAUUUACAGAUGGAAGUACGACAAUGCUGGCAACGAUGCUGUCCGUACUCUGGCAUUAAUACACGGCUUGCUCCUUCCGGAGAAUCUUGACAAACUGCGAUUCAGAAUGCUGAGGCCGGAGGGCAUAUAUAUGGUGCCAGGCGAAUCUUGGCCUGACUGGAGCCGUCACUCCCAUGUGGCCAGAAUUUCAGCCAAUCAUAUCCCCCACGCGGACAGCACCUCCGUGUGGACAUUACAACUCUUCGAAAUAGCACAGGCCGUUGAGAAACAUGGAGCUGUGGCUGUCGGUCGGUUUCAGGAUGAAAACACGAAGCCCGGCACUAAUGUCAGCUUCUGGGCUGCUUUCAAAGAUCUUGGUUCCCUUCAACGUUUCAUUCAGGAGAAGGAUAGCCUCUGUAAUACUAUGGGACAAACGAUCCAAAUAACAGAAAUGCCAUCUCCUCAAUACGGACACCAGCAUCUACCUGACUCAGGAGUCAGCACACAGCCUGGGGUGGGAUUCCUCCCACGAUACAUGGACGCGUCCGAGAAUGAUCAAGCUUGCUUACCAUCGCCGCCUAUGUCCAUACCGCUCAUAUCCCCAGUACCUCUGGAGCUCCCGAGAGGCCCGACUCACAGUCCAAUUAGAUUCCAACCUGCGCGUACGGCGAAAUGCAGAAGCAAUAGGGCCAGGGUGGCGAAAAGGCUAGUAAUUGCCGCACAAAAUGAUAUGGAUGGCGCGACCACUGUUAUUCAAGUCUUGGGUCUUGGCAAUAACAUCAAGACUGGUCAUCUUCAUGAGGCUUUCAGAGAUUGUGAGGGAUACAUCAGUGCAAUCAUUUCUGGACUCACCAAGAAUCUUAGACCUCGAGGUUAUGUAACCUUCAAAGACAUACCGUCAAGCAGGGCGGCCUAUCUGCAGAUGAGAUAUCUGACAUUGAGUUUUGAACCUAACCCAAACAUUGUCGAACUCACUUACGUCAAUCCUUCGAAAGUUCCUCCCCAGAGCAAGGCCAAGGUCAAGAGAAAGCCGGCCAUUAGCGAUGUCAGCGAACUACCAAGCCACCGAGCGAACUCAGACUUGAGCCCCUCGUACGAAUGUAAUGGCCUAUUGCCACCGAUUGAAGCAGAAAGCAGAGAGCGAGCGCCUGAACACAGUCCAGACGGCAGCCUCCAGCUUGCAAUUCGAACGAAAGUAAAUGAUCUGCGAAGAACAAUCCAGUAUCCAGUACCACAGAUCACAACUCAACAUGCCGAGAACGCUAACCACCCAACUCAAUACGACGAAGAUGAUUCUUUAAACGAGGUUAUGGGCGAGAUAGGUGCGAAACAGCAUAAGGACAAGUUUUCUUUGGCUGGUAAAUACCAGCGCUGCUCUUCCUUGCCAGCAGCUGACCACCAACUCCUGAUACCAAGAUCAUGGUCAGCACCCUUACGACAAGACUCGGUCAGAAUCGGAUUGAGUUUGAGCUUUGGACGCAUAUCACCUAGCGUUCGAUCACGGCUUGCCUCCACUUUAUUAGACAAGGGUGCAUGCAAUGAAGAUCUUACAGAGGCACAUAAUCACGUGCGCCUUGGUAGCAAAGAAUUGGAUGAAGUUGACUGA